GCCCCCCCCCGCUCCCUGAGCGCGGACCGGGCUCCCUUUCCCUUCCCCCCCCCUCCCCGCACACCGCGGCUGCCUUCUCCCUAUCGCGAUAGUCGGCGGCGGCCGUGGCGGGAGGGGGCUCGCCAUGUCGAGCAGCGGUCGCAGCCCUCUGCCUACUGUCAACGAGAGAGACACGGAGCAGCCCGGGGAGGGGAAGGGCGUCGGGAAGCCCAACAUGCUGCGGGGCCGGAACUCGGGCAGCGCGGCCGAGGAGCAGCCACACAUCGGCAACUACCGGCUCCUCAAGACCAUCGGCAAAGGCAACUUCGCCAAGGUCAAGCUGGCCCGGCACGUUCUUACCGGCAAGGAGGUUGCUGUGAAGAUCAUUGACAAGACGCAGCUCAACUCCUCCAGCCUACAGAAGCUCUUUCGGGAAGUGCGAAUAAUGAAGGUCCUGAACCACCCCAACAUAGUGAAGCUCUUCGAGGUGAUCGAGACGGAGAAGACACUUUACCUGGUCAUGGAGUACGCCAGUGGGGGUGAGGUUUUUGACUACCUGGUAGCCCACGGGCGCAUGAAGGAGAAGGAAGCCCGGGCCAAGUUCCGACAGAUAGUGUCGGCCGUGCAGUACUGCCACCAGAAGUUCAUUGUCCAUAGGGACUUGAAGGCUGAGAACCUGCUGCUGGACGCUGACAUGAACAUCAAAAUCGCUGAUUUUGGCUUCAGCAACGAGUUCACCUUUGGGAACAAGCUGGACACGUUCUGUGGGUCCCCCCCAUACGCAGCCCCCGAGCUCUUCCAGGGCAAGAAGUACGACGGCCCCGAGGUGGAUGUCUGGAGCUUGGGGGUCAUCCUCUACACCCUGGUCAGUGGUUCCCUGCCCUUCGAUGGGCAGAACCUGAAGGAGCUGCGGGAGCGGGUGCUGCGGGGCAAGUACAGGAUCCCUUUCUACAUGUCUACUGACUGCGAGAACCUGCUCAAGAAGUUCCUCAUCCUUAAUCCUACCAAAAGGGGCACCUUGGAGCAAAUCAUGAAGGACCGCUGGAUGAACGUGGGCCACGAGGACGAUGAGCUGAAGCCCUACAUGGAACCUGUGCCAGACUACAAGGACCCCCGGAGGACAGAGCUGAUGGUGUCCAUGGGGUACACGCGGGAGGAGAUCCAGGAGUCCUUGGUGGGGCAGAAGUACAAUGAGGUGAUGGCCACAUACCUGCUGCUGGACCACAAGAGCUCAGAGCUGGAGGAGAGCCUGUCCCUGAAGCCCAGGCCUGCCCCGGAGGUGGCCAACAGCUCGGGGCCAUCCCCAGCACACAAGGUCCAGCGCAGCGUCUCCGCCAACCCCAAACGCCGCGUCAGCGACCAGGCUGGCCUCUCCAUCCCCACCUCGGCCUCCUACUCCAAGAAGACACAGGCGGCCAAUGCGGAGAACAAGAGAGGGGGGACAGAGGAGGAGGGGGGGCGCCGGGCAGGCAGCACAGCCAAGGUGCCCCCCAGCCCCCUGCCCGGCCUGGAGCGAGCCAAGGGCACCCCCUCACCCUCCACGAACAGUGUCCUCUCCACCGGCACCACCCGGAGCCGGAACUCACCACUGCUGGAUCGAGCCAGCCUGGGCCAGAGCUCACUGCAGAACGGCAAGGACAGCGCCCCCGGCCGGGUGCCGGCCGCCUCCCCCUCUGCACACAACGUGAGCCAGGCCGGGGGGGAGCGGCCCAGCUUCCCCAGGGGGGUGUCGAGCCGCAGCACGUUCCAUGCGGGGCAGCUGCGGGGCCGUGAGCAGCCAGGCCUGCCCUAUGCGCUGCCCCCCGCGCCCCCCGGCCUCGGGCCCCCCCCGUCGCCCUCCGGAGCCAGCCAGGGCCGACGUGGCCCCCCCGGCUCCAGCCUCUUCAGCAAGUUCACCUCCAAGUUCGUGCGGAGAAAUCUGUCUUUCAGGUUUGCCAGAAGGAACCCUCACGAGCCCGAGAGCAAGGACCGGGUGGAGACACUGAGACCCUCGGUGGCUCCGGACAAGGACCCUCGGGACGGCGCCGGCCGCGACGUCAAACCCCGUUCCUUGCGCUUCACGUGGAGCAUGAAGACCACGAGUUCCCUGGAGCCCGGGGAGAUGCUGCGGGAGAUCCGGAAGGUUCUGGAUGCCAACAGCUGCCGCUGCGAGCCCCAGGAGCGCUUUGUGCUGCUCUGUGCCCACGGUGCCCCCGGCCACGACUCCUUCGUGCAGUGGGAGAUGGAGGUCUGCAAACUGCCGCGGCUGUCCCUCAACGGUGUCCGCUUCAAGCGGAUCGCCGGCACCUCCAUGGCCUUCAAGAACAUCGCCUCCAAAGUGGCCAAUGAGCUCAAGCUCUGAGCCCCCCCGAGGGUGGACAUGGCAACUGGUGUCAACCACCGUCAACCGGCGGCAACUGGUGUCAACUGGCAUCGAGCGACGGCAACUGGUGUCACCCACCCCUCGCCUUGAGGAUGACGCGAUGGCUCGAGGAGGAAGACAACCUCCAAGGGACCUCUGGGGCUGUUCUGGAUGGACCUGUGGGACCUGUGGGGCCAUUGGAGCAUGGGCCGGGGCCAUCCCGAGCGCUGGGGGUGGCUCCAGGGGCCCUCCUUGGUGGUCCAGGGACCUCCUCGAGACCAUCCCAGGUGGCCGAGGCACAGCUGGGGACAUUGUGACAUAGGACGGGGCUACCUGGGGACUUGUGGGGACAUCCUCAAGGGACCUCUGGGGUGUUGUGGGCUUUGGUGGCCGAGACCCCACUGGGGCCACCCCCAAGGACAUCCCUCACGUGGUCUGGGGCCUCGUGGGGAUACCUUUGGUGGCCCAAGGCCAAAGGGGGUGCUCUGAGGUCACGUGGGGACAACCCAGGGUCUCCCUGUCCCCAGGUGACCCCACGGUGGCCUUGGGGUGUCCUGCCCUUCCCUCUGCACUCAGGAAGGCCCCUGGGGGGGGGUGGGGUGGGGUGUGAUCAUGUGACCUGCUGUAGCCCCGCCCCCUCCGCAGGCCCUGCCCCUGCCCGGCCCUGGGGGGGCAGGUUCUAGAGUAAAAUCUUUCCAGAAAGA